GACAUAGCGCUGAGAAAAUUUUCACCGCCUUGCACCUAUAUAAAUAAAGGAUAUCAUUGUAAACCAUGCAUUUCAGGUUUCAACAACUGAAGCAUUUGAGCUAAAAUACCUCGUCUAAUAUUAAUAUAAUAGUUUUAGUUUCUUCCAUAUCUCUUUGUAUAACCAUCAAAUGUUCAGAGGUGAAGAAUACGAACGUGUUUUCCUUCUCUUUGACGAGAAUGGAGACGGGAAAAUCUCGCCAUUGGAGCUGAGCAACCGUCUAGGUUUGAUGGGUGGAGAGAUGCUGCUGAAAGAAGUAGAAAGUGCAGUGGAAUCCUUGGAUAAAGACGGAGAUGGGUUGCUGGAUUUGGAAGAUCUCGUUGGGUUGAUGGAAGGAGGAAAUGAAGAAGAGAAGUUGAAGGAUUUAAGAGAAGCUUUUGGUAUGUAUGAUGUUGACAAGUGCGGGUUUAUCAAGCCCCAAGGUCUCAAAAGAAUGCUCAGCAGACUCGGUGACUCCAGGUCCAUUGAUGAAUGUAAGGUGAUGAUCAAUAGCUUUGAUCUUAAUGGCGAUGGAGUUUUGAGCUUUGAGGAAUUUAGAGUUAUGAUGCAGUAGUGAUAAAAAAGUAUAUCAGUGUAAAUGGUCCUGCAAUUUUAUUUUCUCUUGAAAAAGAUUUCAUUGUAAUAGAAAUAUAGGAGAAAUAUAUUUUUUUAAUUAUUUUUUUAUUAAAA